AUGGACAGCGCGCACCCAGACCGCACCAAUAUGCAGGCGUCAAGUAUGCAAGGCGCGCCCGCGUGGCGUCUCUGUACCGACGCAGGGCAUCGCAACACCGGCUACGAGACCGUGCCCAAGAGCUUCCUCACCACGUACCUCGUCACCUUUGGUCAAAUCAACAUGGAGCCGUUCGACCAGCUCGCGACGACGUCGGCAUCGAUCCUCGGCUACCUUCUCUUGGUCUCGCACGCGACGAUCGUGAUCGUCAUGCUCCUCAACGUCCUUAUCGCGAUGAUGGACAAGACGAUGGGCGCCUACAUGGACGAAGCCAAGGUCGAGGCGACUGUGACCUUUGCUGAGUGUGUGCUGCGGAUGGAGAAGACGACGACGCAGGCGAUGUCCGAAGUGUACUGGCGACAGCUCGACAAGUCCAAGGCGCAAGUUUUGUAUGAAGACAUGCUGCGCGCCGACGCCAACGAGAAGAGCGAGGACAGCGCAGUGCUCCACGCGAUUGAUAAGAUCAGCUCCAGAGUCAAAAGCCUCCAGACGCGUCGCAAGUAG